AGUUAACAUGAAGAUGGAGGACUAUGAAAUAUUCUGUAAGAAGCAUCUUUCUAGAAUCCAGGAAGAAGCAAUAAAAAGAGAAACCCCUUUCACUGUUCAGCACAAAAAUAUCUCCCUCAUUCAGUUCCAUGGCAUUCCUGUGCUUUCCCCUCUGCUUAGCCUUGAGAAGAGAAAGGAAAUCCAGCAAUAUAAACAGAAAGCACUGGACCUAGAGACCUGGAGACAGAACUCACGGAAAAGAGCUUUACUGGAUCGUGUACAGGAGAUCCUGGAAAAUAUUCAGAUCAGGAAAGGACCCAAUGUGAGUGACACAAACAUAGGAGAGACUGAGAAUCCUUGCCCUGAUCCUGAUUCAAAAGCUUCGACUGACUUGGCAGCUCUGACAGAUGUCAAUUUGGCAUGUUCUCCUAAAAGCCAUGGUCCCACAGAGCUUGAAAAGACACCAGAACUUAAACCAUCAGAUAGUACUGGGCAGGGGACAUCAAAUAUGACAGAAGUAGUUAAAGCAGCAGAAGAAAAUGUGUUUUCAAAACAAAGUGAGAGUCAGGUCUCAAAAGAGGUACCUUGUCCAAGGGCCGCAUGUCCUGACAGCAUGCAUGAUAAGCUUGUGUCAAAUGCUUUGCAAAAGGAAGGGGGACCAGGAGUGCCACCAGCAGAUGAGGAAGUCCAGGAUCCCUGUGUCAUGAGUCUUCAGAACCUGAUGAAGAAAUCGAGGGAGCAUAUAGAGAAAGAGCAAGCCAAGCGUAGCUCAAAAAGUAGUUCAAAGAGGAGUAUAAGUGAAAGUCACUCAGACAAAGAAAAUGAUGGUGUUAAAACAACUGACUCUGUGAAAGAAAGAGGAAAGCUUGCAGGCAGGAGUUGCACUGCUCUGACACUUGAUAAACCCAGUCUUAGUAAAUCAAAUACCUUUCUCCAAGGUGCCUCUACUCAUACGACGAACACAAAUAUGUCUGCUUCAUCCAGCUUUUCUAAAGUGGACAUACCUGUGAGAGUUGGAACACCCCCACUGGUGGAUUCAGAUUCGGAUGAAGAUCUUAGAAAGACUUGUACGUUCGAUCGUGACAGCGGUAUUCUCAGGAGCCUCAUGGGCUCUUACGCCAAGUUGCCCAGCCCAGAGCCGAGCAUGAGUCCUAAAAUGCACCGGAGGCGCCCGAGGCCUUUGUCCAUGGGACACGUCGUGAUAAACAGCCCUGUGAAUGCCUACGAGCUGAGUCCCAAAGGCAAGGGCAGAGCCAUGGAUUUAAUCAUGCAGGAUAUCGCUGAUAAAAAUAACGUGUCAGAAUCGGUGCCCAGGUUCAUGUUGGACUUCUCUAUGGUCUGCCCUAGCAGAGUUCCUGGUGUCAAUAGGAAUACUUCAGGCCCUUGUGAUGGGUUGGGAGUUGGCAAACCGAAUCGCCAUUCCUUUGGGCACUUGGAAAGCAAAGGAAUGUUGUCAGCUACGGUGGAAGGACAGGUAGUGAUGGACAGCAAAGGGCCCUAUAAAGUGGAGACCAGUACUAACAUUGUGGCUCCAAAACUGAACGAGCCAUUUGCCAUCAGUCAGUCUACAGUAGCACAGAAGCUCCUAACUGCGAAUGAAAGCAAACCACCUGUUGCUCUAGAAAAUGCUAAAUGUAGUUCUCCAGUGGAACUCAAUAAAUCUUACGAUGUAGAAAACCCAUCCCUGCUGCUAAUGCAGAGCAAGGCCAUGCGGCAGCAGGUGGACACUCCAAGUGUUUCUCCAGCAAAGGAGCAGUUCCUAGAGAACAGUUUUGAAAAGGUGAAACGUAGGCUUGAUUUGGACACAGACAGCUGCCAAAAAGAAAGCAGUCCCUGCGUCCUAGCAGUUGGAGCGGAAGAACAAGAGAAGCAGUGGUUGCAAGAGCAGAAAUAUCUUGUGGGAUCAGUUAACGUUACCAAGAAUGCAGCCCCUGAUAGUAUGGCAAAAGAAGAUAUUUUAAAAACUAAAAUGUUGGCCUUUGAAGAAAUGAGGAAGAGACUUGAAGAACAGCAUGCACAACAACUGUCGAUUCUGAUAGCUGAACAAGAGAGAGAACAGGAGAAACUGCAGAAGGAACUGGAAGAGCAGGAGAGAAAGUUGAAAGGAAAGAAGAUCACUACAACGGAGAUAGAAAUUUCCAAAGUGAAUAUUAACAGUAGGAUGGAGUUGGAGUGGAGGAAAAAAAGCGAAAGUGGCUUGCUGGAAAGUGUGCAGUCUCAACUGGAGACAGUCCAUAAUGCAAACUCUACCAGCAUUGGUUUUGCUCAUACUACAACACCUGACACCUUUACUUCAACCAGUGAAACUUCCUUCUUUCUCUGGGGACCAUCAGGUAGUGGAGUUAUAAAAACCUCAGUAUCUAGGCCAAGUAAUAGGAUCAAAACUAGGUGGACUCAGUAUUUCAGUCCAGAGAUACAAGUGAAGUUUGACAAGAUCACUGCUGUGGCAAAGGGAUUUCUCACUCGUAGACUCCUGCAGACAGAAAAACUGAAACAUCUUAAGCAAACUGUAAAAGAUACUAUGGAGUUCAUAAAAAAUUUUCAGUCUGAAGCCCCAUUAAAAAGAGGAAGUGUUUCAGCUCAAGAUGCAUCCCUUCAUGAAAGAGUAAUGGCUCAGCUGCGAGCAGCCCUGUAUGACAUCCAUGACAUCUUCUUCAUGAUGGAGGCCUCGGAAAGGAUGAACAUUCUGCGUCAUGACCGUGAAGUGCGGAAAGAGAAGAUGCUCAGGCAGAUGGAUAAAGUGAAGAGCCCAAGGGAGAGGGUGACACUUUCAACAGCUACACAGAAAUCUCUGGACAGGAAAAAGUACAUGAAGGCUUCAGAAAUGGGAAUGCCAAGUAAAAAAAUAAUCAUCAAACAAAAAACUCCUGAAAGCCGCGUGCUUCAACCAAAUCAGGGACAGAAUGCCCCAGUUCACAGGCUGCUUUGCAGACAAGGCACCCCUAAGAGCUCAAUGAAGGGGGCUGAGCAAAAUAAAAAGAAGGCCUCAGAGAGCAGAGUGUCUAACAAGGCUGUUUCAGGAGUAUAUGCAGGAAGAACCCAAAGAAAGAAGCCAAAUGUUGUGACAAUUUAAGAAGACAGCACUCCCUGGGAUAGAUGGCUUUGUUAAUGAUGGCAUUCUCAGCAUCAACGCAAAGAUUGCAAACACACUUUGUCCCUUCCAGACGAUGACACAUUGUUACAAUCACCUUGAAGUAAUAAAGGGCUGUGAAGCUCUAAUAUUUGUGCAUGUGAAAGCUUACUACAUUUUCAUACUACUGUGUGCACAUAAGCUUCAUAAUCUUGUUUAUUUAAAGACCACCACAGGGCAAUGUUAACUUUUUCACACUCAUCACAAGAUUUUUUGCAUUACUUAAACCUGCAGUUUCUGUGUAUGAUUGCUAGCAUUAAGUUGUAUGUAUAGCUAUUUUAGUUUCAUACCAUAGAAUUAAAGCAGUUAAUUACGGGGGGAAAAAAGUGACUUCAAACAAAACUGAGCUCUUCCAACAGUGAAUUUGUCAGCAGCUUUUUUUUGAAUGUACUUUUUGUGUGGAUGAGAUUACCUCAAUUUAAAUACUAAUGGCCUAAAUGUCUUGCAUUUCUCCUGAGUUGGACAGACAUGGAUCCAGAGAGAUGGGCAGACAGAUGGAUUUUCAAGGACUGGACCAGAACUGUACAUCUAUACAUAUGGUGGCUCAAACCACUGUGCUGGAAGAGUCCUAGGAAUCUUUUUUUUUCCUGUGCUGUCUUGCAUUUUAGAUCAUGAUCAUAUUUUACCUUGGUCUUUUCUACUGAUGGAUAUUAUCCUUCAGCUUGAGGGGGGAGCAGAAUUCUGUAAUUCCUUUUGAUGAUCUUGAGACAUGAUAGCAGAGAAAAGCUUGGCUGUGUAAGGCUUUGCAGUGCUUACUCAUGCUCUGUAGCAGCAGUAGUAGAGAGCUGACUACAGAGCGUGAAAUGAAUUGCAGCGUGUUACUGUCACCCUAUCGAUACAAUGCAACACUCUUUAACUUGGGAGCUUUGUGACCUCUUGACAUGUAUCUAGGGGUGAAAAGACUGACCCAAAACUUAGUUUUGUUAAAUAGUGUGAAAAUGAAACAUUAAUGAUGGGAUAAGAAGCAUAUCUUCACGGGCAGGGGGGAGUGCAUUGACUUGCUUGAAGCACUAGUUGUGGCUUUUAUCUGCCACCAAGUCUGCCAUCUGCAUCUAGUGACAUUGUUUGAAACCUGGUUUACACCAUGCAGUAAGUUACCCAAGUUGCACGCUUGGAAAAUGGCAGAAAUGCUCCCUAAGCACUUUGACACUGCUUGGUGGCUCCUUGCUGUGGCAUUUAUUUGAAAGCUUGGGGUCUGUGUGUGGGGCUCCUGUAAAUGGUGUAAAUUUAAGCAUUUACACCAGUGGAGUAACUGUCUCCUUCAUUGGAAUGCUAUGGAUCUUAAAGAUUUUAGAGGCUAUACAGAAAAUGCCUGAGGCAAGCUCACCCAGUAGGCAUCAAAGCUCUGAUUUGAAUCUCAACUUUCUUUAGGGAGUGGAAAGCAUCCGAAAAGGGGGAAAAAAAAAAUCACAAUGAG